AUCCUCUCAAGCACAGCCUCCUCCAGUCCCACAGGCCAUUUCCUAGCACGAGAAGCAGAAACCUGCCCCAAAAACUAUACACAAUGCUCCAACGCGGGACUCCCAAGCUCGUUCUGCUGCCCGUCUUCAUCAACCUGCAUCAGCCUGGACGACGGGAGUUCCGCAAUCUGCUGCCCAAAGGGAGAGACCUGCGAGUUCAUACAGCCCAUAGGCUGUGACGUGCAACGACAAGACGCAAAAGAGAACCCCAAAAGUCCCAUCAAAACCACCCGGACCGACGACCGCCUCCCCAAAUGCGGAGACUUCUGCUGUCCAUUCGGAUACACCUGUCAAAAGGACAACGUCUGCAUAAUGGACAAGGCCAGGUCCUCCUCAAGCAAGACCAAGACUAACACCGCAUCCGAAACCACAACCUCCACAUCCACCAACACAAACACCAACACCAACACCCAGACCACAACAACAGGCUCAUCGCACACAGUCCCAAUCAUGGACCCAACCGCCACAGCGGACACCCCUGAACCAUCCACAACAUCCCCCUCCAACCCCAACUCAUCCGCCGCCCAAGCCGCCCCCCAGUUAACAGCCGCCUGCCCCUCCUACCCCAGCCAAGCCGUCGCAGCCGGCUUCUUCCCCGGCGCCAUCUUCGGCGCCAUCGCCACCCUCCUCGCCCUCUUCGGCAUCCGCAAAUACCAAGAAAAGCACCUGCCCCCAGGCGACAAGAUCACCCAGCACACGCAGCGCUCCUCAAGCGGUACCCUCCUCGGCAUAUCGCCCCCCAUCCCCUCAGACGAGACCUCCUACCGCACGGACUUCCUCCUCCAUCGCCCAGCCACAACAUCAACAUCAACGAGACGAACCUCCGAAGGCGCCCGCUCAAUGCUCCAGCGCAGCCGCUCCCGCGUAAAGUCCCUCUUCGGCACGACCCCCAAAAUAACCAUCUCCGAGCCCGACGCCCCUCCGGUUCCCGUGCCGGUGCCCUCGACGCCCCAGCGCGCGGUGGUGGCCCGGCGCCCUAGCACGGAGAGUAUCAAAGUUUAUACACCGCCUGGCGUGUUCGCUGGGACGAGUGUGCUCAAACCGAGCCCGUAUCCGGAUGUGAGGCCGAAUACGACGUUUUCGGAUAUGAUUGAUCGGGUGGGGUUUAAGGAUGGUCGGGGCGAUCCGUGUUAUCGGGUUCAGACUCCGCCGGGGGGGAUAGUGGGAGUGGGAGUGGGAGUGGUAGUGGUGGUAGGGCGGGGAGGGCUGCUAGGAGGUGAGCUAGGCUGAUCCUCUGUCUCAAACGUCAGAGGUAGGUCUGGUGGGGUUGGAGAAGUAUAUAAGACAGCCAGCUGUGCUGGUGUUGUCAUCUCGGGUCAGAAUGUUGUGAUAUCCUGGCGUUAUCGUAUUGUGUAUUUCUUGUUUAUGCUUGGUUGGUUUGGG